AUGCCUCCCAAAUCCCUUAUCGAUCUCUCGCAUCCCCUCACGCCCCAAUCGAGCAUCUACCCCGGAGAUCCACCCUUCGCGACACACAGCGUGUGUAACAUCCCCACCGACGGAUACACCGUACACGCUGUCUCGCUCGGAACGCACACGGGGACACACGUUGAUGCCCCAUUUCACUUCUUCGCCCAUGGCCAGAAGCUGCAUGAGCUCUCUCUCGAGCGAUUCGUCGGCCGCGCUUUAGUCGUCGAUGUGAGGCACCUAGCGCAGGUGAGGGGGUGCAUUCAGUGGAGGGAUGUGCGAGAGAGCCUCGAUCGGAGUCGUGGGACACUUGCUUCCCUUGGGCCGCGGUCGGAAGGGAAGAUCGAUAUAGUGCUGUUCUGGACGGGGUGGGAUGGAUGGUGGAGCGAGCGGAAGUACUUCGACCAUCCGUAUUUUGGGAGAGAUGUCGCCGAGGAGCUUGUUGAGAUGGGCGUACGGCUCGUGGGUGUUGAUACGCUAAGCCCGGAUGAGACUGUUCUAGUGCAGGAUGGAGGGAAGGAGAAGGAGGAUGCGUUUGUGAUGCAUGAGGUGCUUUUGGGUCGUGGAUGUUUGAUUUGCGAGAAUUUGACGAAUUUGGGGAAGCUUGUGGGUGGGGAUUCUGAAGAAGGAGAGGAGGUAUAUGUGAGCCUUGUGCCUCUGAGUUUACACGGUGCAGAUGGGGCUCCUGUACGGGCGUACGGGUGGACUGAGAAAAUUGGGUAG